UCAUCAUCAAAUUCAUCAGAAUUGUGGUAAUACAACGAAUUGCCGGGUACAUCAUGGUACCGUUGCUGCUGCUGUUGCUGUUGUUGCUGUUGUUGCUGCUGCUUUUGUUGUUGUUGUUGUUGUUGUUGUUGCUGUUGUUGUUGAAGUUGAAUUUGCUGCUGAUGUUGGAGAUGUUGUUGGUUAAAUUCGGAUAUACUGUGGAGUGGAGAAAGGGUUGAGGUCUUGUUUAAUGAACUCGAGAGCAUGCUCGGAUUACUAGAUGAAUAGGCACCAAACAUAGGACGGCCAAAAGACGAAGGCGUUGGAUCAGCUGGUUCGCGUGAAGAAGAGGUGCGCAGCCCACUGAUAAGCGGAUCCAUUGAAAAGACCGGAAGCUUUGGUCGCCGCUGAUCAUCAACUGGCAGGAAACCAGACUGGGACGGGGCCGAAGACGCAAAUGGAUCCCCUCUUCUGGAAAAGUGCAAAAAUGCACGGCCGUCUACUAACGAAGGCGAGGAAGACAAAGAUGGGUCCUUGUCGAGAAAGCCGUUUGCCCGUCCAUAAUUAUAAUCCAGGACCGACGAGCGCCCUUGGUGAGAGAGGGAGAGAGGGAGCGGGAGUGGGAGCGGAGGAGGAGGAGGCGAACGCACAUCAAAACGGCCGUCCUGACCAGAGUUUGACAAACCAGAGGAUAUAGUUCUAUUAUUGAUGUUGAUAUUGCUGCUGCCGUUGAUAUUACUAUUGAUGUUGCUGUUGUUGUUAUUGUUGUUGCUGCUAUUGCCGUUGCUGUUGCUGUUGUUUCCAUUCCCGUUUCCGUUCAUAUUUCCGUUCCCAUUCUUUGUACCUGAGGAAGAAUAAAGUG